GGCAGUGCUACGGGCAGUCCCUGCCAGGGUCCUUCUCCUGUCGCGGCGCAGCAGCUCUGUAUGAGGGCUCCGGCAGAGCGGGAUGUGCGGCUGGACUUGCCGGUAACAGGAGGCGACAUGGCGGCUGGAGGGGCGCAGGGUUCCGGGGGGGCGCGGCUCCUUGUUUGCUUUCUCGGGGUGUUUGUGUGUUACUUCUACUAUGGGAUCUUACAGGAGACCAUAACCCGAGGGACCUAUGGGGAAGGCGAGAAGCAGGAAAAGUUUCGCUUUGCUCUGUCGCUGGUUUUUGUCCAGUGCAUUGUUAACGCUUUGUUUGCCAAGCUUUUGAUCCAAUUCUUUGACUCUGGGAAAACAGACCGCACACAGAGCUGGCUCUAUGCGGCAUGUUCCCUGUCUUAUCUCGGCGCCAUGGUGUCCAGCAAUUCCGCACUCCAGUUUGUCAACUACCCCACGCAGGUUUUGGGGAAAUCCUGUAAACCAAUUCCAGUCAUGCUCCUAGGGGUAACGCUCCUCAGGAAGAAGUACCCACUCUCCAAGUACCUGUGCGUGCUCCUUAUAGUACUUGGAGUGGCACUCUUCAUGUACAAGCCCAAGAAUACUGGUUCUGGUGGUGACGAGCACACGUUUGGCUAUGGAGAGUUAUUGCUGCUGCUGUCACUGACCCUAGAUGGGCUCACAGGCGUGUCUCAGGAUCACAUGCGGGCCCAUUUCCAGACGGGCUCCAACCACAUGAUGCUUUACAUUAACCUAUGGUCCAGUUUGUUCUUGGGAGCAGGCAUCGUGUUUACUGGCGAGCUCUGGGACUUCCUGAGUUUCACCGAGCGUUACCCAAGCAUCGUCUACAAUAUCAUGCUCUUCAGUCUGACCAGCGCCCUGGGACAGACCUUUAUCUUCAUGACCGUGGUAUAUUUUGGACCGCUAACUUGCUCUAUAAUCACGACAACCCGGAAAUUCUUCACCAUCUUGGCCUCUGUUAUACUGUUUUCUAACCCAAUCAGCAGCAUCCAGUGGGUAGGGACCAUACUGGUAUUUUUAGGUCUCGGACUGGAUGCCACGUAUGGAAAAGGAUCCAAGAAACCAUCCCACUGACUCCUUAUGCCAGGAGCGUCCAACUGACGUGAUUAGACCUUACUCACUGUUUUUUGUUUAUAAUUAUUCAUUUUUUUUUUACCAGAUAUGUCCAAUUUCAACGUAUUUUAUUGAUAAUGGAAGGAUUUAGUUUUUAACCAAAGGGAAAUGGGAACAUUAAAAAAAAAAAAAAAAAGGAAACCGG